AUGGCAUUGCCUCUUUAUAUACAAGUGUGGCCCGAGCAAAGGGUUCUACGCUUCCCAUAUUGUUUCACAGGCCCCGCCCUCCUCUACGCCCCUGGGUAUCAUGCCCCCUUCGAUGUCUGCGACCUCGUCACCGACAACUGGCGGGAGAUCGACGACGACCCCAAGUGCCACGACAUCAUGCACUGGCCGGGCGACGACCCCGACGACUAUUACAACGGCAGCAUACACUGUAAUGCCACAGUGUUCUGCGCCAUAGACCGAUGUGACCACCUCGACAGCCAUGGUGGCCCUUUCCUCGUGGCCCUGGUGGGAUCUGCGGAUGAAGGAAGCAUUACCCUCGCCACUGUCUACUCGUCGGAGACUCGUCAGUGGAGCGACAUGAUCUCCGUUCAGACCCCGGGUCUUCAAAUCGAUACCGGGGGGCGCACUGCUGUGGUGGGAAAUAAUAAGGUAUAUGUCCCCAAUUAUGAGGGUGACAGCGUCGUGGAGUACAACAUUCGUGAGCAACAACUGUCUGUGAUCAAGGCGCCAGAGAUCCUGGACCAGGGAUACCAUGACCUCCUGGGUGUGGAGGAUGGCAUGCUGCUGUUUGCGUCAGUGCGCAAGCCUAGACUCUAUCUAUGGUCAAUGGAGGCUGGUCCUGGAGGAGCUGCGGCAUGGGCACGACGCAGGGUCGUCGAGCUCGAGCCGUUGCUCCCUCCUCGUGCCCUCUUGGACAUGUCGAGCCCGGAUGCGUGGACGGUUGGUUUUGCUGAAGGAGUUAGGGUAAUCUUCCUCAGAACUCCGGCUGGGUUGUACGCAGUUGAGCUUAAUUCAGGCCGAGCCAACAAGAUGGGUGAAUUUAGCAUUGAAAAGGUCAUGCCCUACACGAGGUUCUGCAUUGGAGCAUGGGGCCGGUUGCCGGCCUCCGAUGAAGCGCGACACGCAGUUGCUGGUGUUACGUUGAUGUAA